CUUCCUUUGACAUGUGGCCACGAACAGUUUGGUGACUUCUUCCCACUUGGGAAUUCUCUCUUCAGGUUCUCUUUACUUAAUUUAUCAACCCGCCUUUGUAUUGGGAUGACGUAUUGUUUCAUAGUUUCCUCGCAACCAUCUCAGUAAAUUUGGAUUACCUGACAGCUUACUUUCGCAAAUGUGUCCCGGUCGCCGAUCUCCUCUAGGAGUUCCAUCUUAAUGAUCGCAUUCGAGACCUCGGAACCACAAUCACUACCAUGAUCGUAUCGCACGUAUCCCGCCGAUCCAGGGUCUUCGGUGGCAUCGCCGCCCUGGCCCUGUUUGCGACAUACCUACACAUGCGUCCACAAUGGAAAGAAGCGCCAUUCGAAUAUGCCCGCGAUUAUUACCACAGCGUCAAAGACUAUCUCGGCAGUCCGGUGUAUAACAACACUCUGUAUACCGAAGGAAACAAGCAGACGGUCAAUCAAUUCUACAAUUCGAGUAAUCCGUGUGCCAAUUUCCCAGAUACCGACGGUGUUCUAUUAGUCAUGAAGACGGGCGCGACGGAGGCGUUUGACCGAAUACCGACGCAUCUGCUUACGACAUUGAACUGCCUUCCCGAUUUCCUCAUAUUUUCCGACAUGGAGCAACAAGUCGGUCCCUAUCACAUCUACGACGCCCUAGCCGAAUUUGAAGAAUCCGCAAAAGCCCAUAACGAAGAUUUUGAUCUUUAUCGUGACCAGAAGGAAUGUCCAGUGUCCCAGAAGUCGUGUGUCGAUGCUAAGAGAGAUGGACAAAAGGCAUGGAACUUGGACAAGUAUAAGUUUCUUCCUAUAAUGGAGCAAACAUGGAAAUUGCGCCCGGGCCGUGAUUGGUAUAUUUUUGCUGAAGCGGAUACGUACGUCUUCUGGGCCAACGUGAUGCACUGGCUGAAGAAGGAGUCCGGCCUAAACCAUCGCGAGAAGCUCUACCUAGGCAGUCGAAGCUUCAUAGGAGGAACUCCAUUCGCCCACGGUGGUUCUGGAUAUAUUAUCAGCGGUACGCUAUUGAAGCACUUGAUCGAAUAUCACCCCGGUGUGGUCAAGCAGUAUAACGUCAAGGGAGCCCACGAAUGCUGUGGUGAUUUAAUGUUAGCGCAAGCCUUAGAGGAGUACGAGAAUGUCAAGAUUCGACAGAUUUGGCCCAUGAUCAACGGCGAAAAGCCCAGCACUCUACCCUAUGGUCCCGGUCAUUGGUGUGAGCCGAUCAUGACCAUGCAUCAUAUGAAUGCCGAAGAAAUCAGCAACGUGUGGCAGUAUGAGCAAACACGCAAGGCUGAUAGUACUCUCCUGAUCAAGGAUUUGUAUGAAGGCUUGAUCCGCCCAAAGAUGCAGGUAGCGCGACAGAAUUGGGAUAACCUUUCUGAUGAUGUCUGCUACAUUAACCGAGAUCCUCAGGCUCAACAACGUGCUGAAGGACAUCUACGCGAUAGGCAAAAGGAGGAGAAGGAUAUGAAUGAUGUUGAGAAAGAGGCAUGGAAAUCGCCAGAGAACUGUGCCAAAGUCUGUGGAUCCCAAGACGUUCCGGAUGAAGACGAGUGGGACUUGCACGGGAACGUGGGACGCAAAAACAUCAACCCUAGUACGGCGAACGACACAGAGGUCGCCGAAGAUACCUCACCAAGCGACGCAGCGGCGAGGGAGGCGUGGAAGAAGUCAAUGAACGAAAAGAAGCGAAACCGAUCGUGCUUCCAAUAUCGUUGGCACGAAGAAGUCUGCUGUACAGCCAAGAGCUUCAAGUUAGGUGCACCCAAAGCAGCACCUGACGACGACAACCCCAACGCCAGGUGGGCCAGCGGCUGGCACCUAAAGGGCAUUAAUGACUGGAUCGAAGCGACGGGCGAGUGUACGAAGCCCGAGUGGAAAUCCCCCGACCCUUCAUAGGUCUCCUCUUCGUCUUAAAGCAACUCUAAGGUAUAUUAAGGACAUAAUAAUGGGAGGAAGGCGAAAAGGUUUAGCAAAACACGGACGGUUUGCCGUGUCUAGGUCAUGAUGGGGGUCACAUAACACGGCGUUCUUGGCAUUUUCCAGGUGGGAGAGAUGGAGACGGCGUAGGACAUACAAGGCUUAGGAUGGUUAUCGGCUCAUGCUUAGGUUACCUCGCAUAUUAAGUACUGACGAAGAUAAUUGAAUCAUCACAAAUAGUCAGAUGUUAUCGUGAGUUAUUUCGUUGGUGUUGAGAAAACUGUUAAGGCGGUGGAAAAAACGAGGACUCGUGUUUCCAUCACUAACACGCAACUUUCAAGAAAAGUAAUUUAGUUUCAAGUUCUAAACCUUCCUAGCUUAUCAUCUUAUGUUAAUAAAUAAACUCCACC